UUCAUACUUUGUCGGCUAAAACAAACCAAAAAAAGAAGGUUGUAGAAAGAAUGAAUUGAGCAAAAGCAGGAAGAAGCAGGUGGAAGAGAUGGGAAGAAGCGCGUUGAGCGUUCGGCAUUAAAAAGCAAUGAAGAAGAAAGAUCAUGAUCAUCAAACCUGCAUUCGCGUUUUAUGUCGACUCGCAAUUAACACGCACACUCAUCCCACGCGCUCAAAUCAAUCAAUAUUAACACACACUCACACAUUGCUAUAACAAUUUCUAGGGUUUCCAUUCCCAAAUCCCAAUCGAAUUCGAAUCGAACAAUGUUGCAGCUUCUGUACGGUGCGAUUUUCGGUGAAAUCUUCAUGAUUCUGAGCUUCCUAUUCAAGACUCCGUUCAGGAAGCUGGUUAUCAUCACGUUGGAUCGGGUCAAGCGAGGUCGCGGUCCUGCUGUAGUCAAAACCGUCGCCGCCACUUUGCUGCUGCUCCUCGCUUCGUCACUCCACAGCGUCUACAAGAUCCGCCGUCGCAGUUUCGAAGCUGGUGGCGGUGGCGGUGGCGGUGUCGUUAACCCUACCGAUCAAGUGCUUAUGUCGAAUCACGUUCUCGAAGCUUCUCUUUUAGGUUUUGUUCUGUUCCUUUCUCUGAUGAUAGAUAGAUUGCACCAUUACAUUAGAGAGCUUCGGUUGCUGAGGAGGGCUGUGGAGUCUGCGAAGAAACAAAGCCGAAGCUUCGGUAACGGUAUAAAUGGCAUUGCAACAGAGCAAAACAAGGCCUUGAUGGAAGAAAUUGCCACAUUGAGGUCCAAAGUUAAGGAACUUGAGUCUGAAUGUGAGGUGAAAGGAAGCAGGGCUAAGGGCUUGGAAGCUGAGGUUGAGACUCUUAAGAAACAAUCUGAAGGGUUCCUUAUGGAAUAUGAUCGCCUCUUAGCGGAAAAUCAGAAUCUUCAGAGUCAAUUGUAGGGUAUUUGAUCAGAACUCUUACAAUGUUGAUAACAAAAAGAACAUGUGAUUAUGUGAAAGUCCAGAUAUCUAGCAAAGUGCAUGUUUGCAUAAGAGAAAUAGGUCACAGUUGGAUAUAGUUAAGUUUAUAAAGAAGAGAGAGAUGCUAUGCAGAUAGAGUGAGUUGGCUAUACUUAAAAGCAGAUAAUCAAAUAGGCCAUGUUAUGAGCAUUUGAUAGUAUGAGAGUUGACAAUACAAGAUUAAUAGGAUAUAUAGAGGCUGAUAGUAUAUAAGAGCCUGUGUUUAUUACUGUAUAAGUAGAUUGAUAACUUUGUAUACACAAAGGCUUUUUUAAUGACAAAAUUAUCCUUUUACAAA